AUGAGUGCCCCUGAAAACUGAGCCAGCGAAUUUUCGCGGGUUGCAGCGCCCUAGCUGCAACUUUGGCACGAGUACCCCAGUCCCCUGUGGCUGCACUCAAAUCCCCUGACUGUCCACGCUGUCAGUGGUCUAACCUAGCUACGAGCACCACCAUCGACCACUCUAUUCUCCAUGGUGGCAAAGGUGUAGGGCCAUACUCUCACCCACUGCUCUCUACCCCGGCUAACACUUGCCUCCUAGCCUAGUUAUCGGCGCAACCAACGGCCGCUUCGUCGAAGCCUUUGCAAAAGUCAAAGCUCUGCACGCGAAAAACAACUUCUCGCUCUCACUUCUCCUCGGUGACCUAUUCUCAGACCCAAGCCAGAUCACCCCCGAGGAGACAGAGAACAUAGAACGCCUACUCCAUGGCGAGAUACGUGUUCCAUUACCAAUCUACUUCGGCCUGGGACGGUACUCGCUUCCUGCACCCGUCCGUGAAAAGAUCAAUUCAUCCGGCGAAGUCUGCGAUAACCUUUUCUUUCUUGGAAAGAAGACUGUGCUGAGUACGUCCGACGGCAUACGGAUUGUUGCGCUGGGCGGGAGGUUGUAUGCUGAACACGCAACCGGGGGGGCGGGGGGCGUCCGGGAGGAAACGUUGCCGUUUUACUCGGAGAAGGACGCGAAGGGAUUGAAGGGAGCUAAUCACGCAGACUUACUGCUUACUUACGAGUGGCCGGAAGGGGUGGGGAGCCGUUCCACGCUCGUAUCGUCGGGCGUGAAAGGAACGGGCGUGAUUGCAGAAUUGGCAGCGGCACUGAGGCCUAGGUAUCACUUUUCUGCUGGGGGAGAGGUGUUUUGGGAGAGGGAGCCGUAUCUGAACAAGGCGAGGUCGGAUGAGGGGGGAUCUGAUACUAAGAUCACGAGGUUCCUUGGGGUUGCGGAUUGGGGGAAUGAGGCGAAGGCUAAGGCGUUGUAUGCUUUCUCAAUCAACCUUAAGGAUUCAAAUAUUGCAGUUCCUGCCUCCGCUACCGAAUGUCCGUAUGGAGGGGACAGGGACAAGAAAAGACCGAGACAAAAUUCAAAUAGCGGAGCGAGCUUUUUCUGGGGAGAUCACACAGGUGGUCCACAGGAUCGGGACGACAGAAGCCGUAAGCGCGGGAGGGUGGGAAGAGGCGCGCGAGAAGCUAGAUCUCCACCCGGACGUACGUGAACUCUCACCCCUUCCAACGGAACCUCAGCUAACCUGCCGCCAGCUGAAUCCUGUUUCUUCUGCCUGAGCUACCCGCAGCUCGAGAAGCACUUGAUAGUCUCGAUCGGUAAUGAGGCAUACGUAACCACUGCCAAAGGCCCAUUAACAAACUCCGCCACCAACCCCUCUACACUUCCGUUUUCCUCUCAUGUCCUGAUAAUACCCCUAACCCACACGCCAACCAUAGCCGCCAUUGACGAUGAAGACUCACGAAAGUCCACAAUCGAAGAAAUGACAAACUACCGUCUAGCGGUAGAGCAAAUGCUCAAAAGUCGCAACUGCGGCGCAGUGACCUUCGAGGUAUCUCGUGCCAAUGGUGUGCACUCUCAUUGGCAAUUAAUCCCUGUGCCCGAUGAUAAGUUGGCGGCUGUGGAAGAAGCUUUUAAGAGCGAGGCCAAGGCCGACAAACUUGGAGAGUUUGGAAGGAGAAGGGCAGACGCCGACAACAAGGGGGAUUAUUUCCGGGCAUGGAUAUCUGGGAUGGACGGGAGCCUAGUGAUCAAUCUCAAAGACGUUGAGUACUUUGAUUUGCAGUUUGGUAAGUCUUCCACCCUAUCGUAGCGCGCGCUAGGAUAGAGCUAGGUGGUGUCUGACUGGCUGCAUAGGCCGAAAGGUGCUGGCGAAGGUGAUGGGUCUCAAAAGUGUCCAUUGGAAGGACUGUAUGCAGACUUUUGAGCAGGAGGUUGGGGAUGCGAAUGCUUUCAAGGAAGCUUUCAAGCCUUUUGACUUUAGCUUGUAAUGUAACUUCAUAAUAUGUAUGUAAUGUACCACCAAUCAUUAUAAUCAC